GCGAGCUGUUCAAUUAUCCGGAAUGCACACUAAAUUACGGCUGACCUACUAGAACCUACCAUAGUAGUACUACUAGUACGUUCGUCGAUUGCCGUCAUCCAAUUCUACGAAUGGACCCAGCGCGCGCCGACGCGAUCAUCGGUCGGCUGCUGAACGUGCGGCACGCCAAACCAGGGGCCGACGCUAUCCUGGCGGUGGAGGACUUGUACGCUGUGUCCAAGGCGGCGCGGGACAUCUUCAUGUCCCAGCCCAUGCUGAUCGAGUUGGAGGCGCCGGUCAAGAUUUGCGGCGACAUCCACGGGCAGUACUCCGACCUGCUGCGCAUUUUCGACCACUGCGGGUACCCUCCCGACGCCAACUAUCUCUUUCUGGGUGACUACGUGGACCGCGGCCGUCAAUCGCUGGAAACGAUCUCGCUAUUGUUUGCGUACAAAGUACGGUACCCGACCAACGUGUUUCUGCUUCGGGGCAACCACGAAAGCGAAGACAUCAACGAGCAGUACGGGUUCUACGAAGAAUGCAUCCGUCGAUUCGACCACAAGCUGUACAAACACUUUUCGGACACGUUUGCGUGGCUGCCCGUGGCCGGCGUCGUGGCCGACCGCAUCCUGUGCAUGCACGGCGGGUUGUCACCAGAUCUCGAGCACCUGCAGCAGAUCAACAGCCUGCCUCGGCCGCUGUCGAGAGUCGAAGCCUCGGGCAUCAUGUGCGACUUGCUGUGGAGCGACCCCGACCCUACGAUCCGCGGCUGGGGCGAUAACGAUCGCGGCGUGUCCCAUACCUUUGGGCCGGACGUGGUCGAUGGCUUUUUGAAGCGCCACGAUCUAGACCUGGUCUGCCGCGCCCAUCAAGUCGUGCAGGACGGUUACGAGUUCUUUGCGAACCGCCAGCUUGUGACGCUGUUCAGUGCCCCGGGGUACUGCGGCGAGUUUGAUAACAAGGCGGGUGUGCUGUCAGUAGAUCCAGACCUGUUGUUGACCGUGCAAAUCAUCGACCCGCUGCUCGACAACAAGAAGCGAAGGUUGAUGCACGCCAGUGGCAAUGGAAAGCAUUUUGACAGUGCCAAACGACCUAACACCAAUGGCAGCAGUACUAGUAGUAGUACUAGUAGUACUGGCCCGUCCUACUCGUCCUCGUAUUCGUAUAAUAAAAAGUGACCACGCAACAUACUAGUACG